CACCACUUGCGUUUUGUCCUGAAGCCUGAGGCCUGUUACCCUCCUUUCUCUCCACAAGUUUGUUUUGAUCCACAAGUUUGUUUUGAGUCUUUGCCGUUAGAAGCGGUCAGUGCAAACUACUUAGUGGUGCAUUCAUAGUGGGCCAGGGAUUUUCUUAAAAGCCACGAAUACACUGCAAUCCUUGACUCUUGCUUCAGACAUUCUAGGCAUUUCCAUACUCACCAGGCAAAUUUGUAGGGUAUAAAAAGGGAGCAAUUGCAGCGCCCCGUGAAUCACUAGUGAGGGUGCAGUGAGGACAUCCAGAGUGUCCCUAGAUUACGUUUCCAACGUUAGUGACAAGGAGCCUGAGGGAGGAAGAAGUGGCAAAUGUGGGAACCAAGACAGGGUCCAUCUCAUUGUGAUUCUUUCUCCUCUUAGCUCUGCAGGUUCUUGCUUUUCCAGACAGGGCAGUGUAUGAAGCCAGGGGUCAUCGGCCAUGCUCCAGACAGCGUGGUCCCAGGAGCCAGUGACCUUUGAGGAUGUGGCCGUGUACUUCACCCAGGACCAAUGGGUCAGCUUGGCCCCUGCACAGCAGGCCCUGUACAGGGAGGUGAUGCUGGAGAAUUAUGCAAACGUGGUUUCCCUGGCAGCAUUUCCAUUCCCCAAACCAGAUCUGGUAUUCCAGCUGGAGCGAGGGGGAGCACCAUGGGGCCUGGAUGCCUGGACGGCCAUCAGGGCAGAGGCCCUGAGAGGUGUCAGCGCAGGUGGUGGAGCUCAGACUGAGAAUGAAGAGCAGACUCCAGAGCUAAACAUUUCUAAAGGACCAGAGCCACACAGACUGAUGGCAGAGGUGCUGCGGAUGGAGGUCUCCCAGUCCCCUCACUUGGAGAACAGCUUAGAGAGGCUGCAACAAGAUGAAAUGGGAAAGAAACCCAACUCAGAGAAAGGAGCUUUCACAGUCUUGCCAGUCCAGGAUCUUAAAUCCCCCACUGUUGAAAGGGAGGAGCUAGCCAGACAGUUGGAGGGAAGCUGUGGUGUCUACAUACAUCUCAUUACAAAGCAGGGCCUCCUGGGAGAACAAGUGUUUUAUAAGUGUGGUGAGCCUGGCAGACAUUUCAACCAACAUUCAAACCUACCCCAGCAUCAGAGCAAUAACAUGGCUGAGAAGCCCUACAAGUGCAAAGAAUGUGGGAAAGCCUUCAGGUACAACUCAAAACUGUCCCGGCACCAGAAAACCCACACUGGGGAGAAACCGUACUUGUGCCAGGAAUGUGGACAAGCCUUCAGUCAAAAUUCCCACCUCCUUCAGCAUCAGAAACUCCACGUGGGAGAGAAGCCCUAUGAAUGUAAGGAGUGUGGGAAAACCUUCAGCUACAACUCAAAACUUAUUCGGCAUCAGCGAAUCCACACUGGGGAGAAACCCUUCAGAUGUAAGGAAUGUGGGAAGGCCUUCCGGUGUAGCUAUGACUGCAUCAUCCACGAGCGAAUUCACACCGGGGAGAAGCCCUACAGAUGUAAGGAGUGUGGGAAAAGUUUCAGCUCGAAUUCAGUCCUGAUCCAGCAUCAGAGAAUCCACACUGGGGAGAAACCUUACGAAUGUAAGGAGUGUGGCAAGGCCUUCCGCCGGAGUUCGGUGUUUCUCCAGCACCAGAGGUUCCACACGGGGGAAAGACUCUAUAAAUGUAACGAAUGUUGGAAAACUUUUAGUUGUGGCUCACGCUUCAUAGUACAUCAGAGAAUCCACACUGGGGAGAAGCCUUAUGAAUGCCAGGAGUGUGGGAAGGCCUUCAAUCAGAAAAUCACCCUGGUUCAGCACCAGCGAGUUCACACCGGGGAGAAACCUUAUGCGUGUAAGGUGUGCGGGAAAUCCUUCAAGUGGAGUGCAAGUUUCAUUCAGCAUCAGAAACUGCACACUAGGAAGAAGCCCGCCCAAGUUACAGGGCCGUCCACGGUGAAGCCCCAUGGCCCCACUUCAGUCCUCUCCCCUCUGCCUCCCCACCACGCAGCCCCGGCCCCAGCCCUGCCAGGGUCUCCCCCCUGCUCUCCCCCUCGUGCAGUGCUCCCCGCUCCCUCCAUGCCUCUCUUCGUGCUGCUCCCCUCCUCUGGAAUGGCCAGUUCUUCACCUGUCCAAAUAGUGCACUUUCAGGAUCUGGCUUCUCCUGAGAAGUCAUCCCCUCACAGCCUUCAUCUCAUUCCCCAUGAGCUCCCUCGUGUCCUCCUCCAUUGCAUCUACAGUAGCAGUUUCCUGUGAGCUCCUAGUCGCAUCUUUAUUGGUACUCCUCUGGUCUCCUGUUAAGUCAGUCAUUACUGUUUUCCCAGCUCCAUUUAAGUUCUCACGCUUGAGGACCGUGUUUGACUACUCUCUUCUGUUCUCUGGGUAGGAAAUGGUAGUAUUUGUUCUUUUUAGUGUCCAGUGUUGGCCUGCCAUCAGUCCGCUCCUGCCUUCUGGGGCUACUAGGGUUAGAAGAGUUGGCAUAACAUUUUUGAUUCUAGGGGGAUGGAAUUACAAUGAGACGGGCCAUCCUAAUUCAAGAAGUACAGAAAAUGCAAAGUCCGUGGGAGGAAGUGAUCAGAAAAAGUAUCCGAUGAUUACUUCUAGGAUUUAAGGAGGACCAUUUUCUGGGGCAGGUAGCAAGGUUCAUUAUGGAGAAUCUGAGCCUUGGAUUUUUUUUUAACACCUUCAUAAUGACUAUUAUGAGGAUCUUGUGUAACUAAACUAUAGAACAAGGAAAUCAGUGAAAAGAAUAUGAAUGAAAGGCAGUGCGGUUUUUCUGUUUGGGUUUCUUUGCUAUUCCCAUCCAUAUGUUUUUAGUCUCCACUCAAAUAUGUAGGUAUAAAAAGUGACUUGGGCUUGUGCAGUUGAGGGCAGGUACCAGGGUGUAGUAAUCUCUAAAUUAUACAUGGAAUAACCUUGUUGGCAUGACACUGAGGGACACCAGAGGAAGGGAGAAGAGAAACCCAACAAUGACUUGCUUCUGCCUUGGAAGACAGUCUCUUCCUCAUCAGUUACCGUAUGUGUGCUCAACACGUCCUCACACCUACUCCAUGUACCCUGAGACUGAUUUGUAAGUGGUGGUACUUUUAAAUUAAUUUCCUAAUGAGCUACUUUGGUAACACCAGAGAGAAAAGUUUAAAGGAUGCUAAUCUUAACCAGAUGUAAUGAUCUCACUGGUUUGGCCAUGCUUUCCAUCUGGUGGUUAGAGGCCUUGACCUUUUUCACAGUCACAGCUUCAGGAUAUUGUAGCCACAUGGAAAGUUACUUUAAAUCAUGUGGGAGUAAAUACUCAGAAAGUGAUACGCAUAUUAUAAUUAUAACACCAUGAAAUUAUAUCUGCAAGGGAGGGCCUAGAAAGACAUUCUGGUGUGUGUGUGUGUGUGUGUUUGUUUUUUUUUUUUAAGACAUUCUGUUUUUGGUUCUGAUUUCAGUCAGGUUUAUUGAGAUAUACUUUAUAGACAGUAAAAUCCACCCUUUUAAAGUAUACAGUUUGGUGAGUUUUGACAAAUGAAUACAGUUGUAUAACCAAGAUACAGAAAAUUUCUCUUACCCCCCAAAGUUCCCUCAGUACAGGCAGAAAUUUAAAUGGUUAGUAGGAUGUUAAGGAUUUUAAUUUUUAUUCCUUCAUAAGGUUUGUGCAAUACAUAGAAUUCAGGGGAAUAAAAGGCAAAAACCAAACUUAUCUAUCCAGCUGUGGUCAGAGCUUUCAGAUAUGCCGAGAUCCCUCAUCCAGAAUGAUGGUUAAGAAAAGCAGUCAAAAUGUAGGAAAAUGACAAUAACUGGUUUCUUUGACAUAUUUCUGACACGCACACAUACAUAUAUACAUGUAUAUGUAUAUGUGUGUGUCAGAAAUAUCUAUAUAUAAUGUAUAUUUAUGCAGUGUGUGUAUAUAUAUGUAUGUGUGUGUGUGUGUGUGUGUAUGUAUAUAGAUAUAAAUUUUGUUCUAUUUAUUUCCCAGAAACAGCAUUAAACAGAAAGGGCUUCAGGGUGCCUCGGAGGAUUACAGCAAGGAAGGCUGAAGGGUGAGAAAUCCUAAAUUAGCUAGACAGAAAAGAGCAAUUUCUAAAUAUAAUUUGGAAGGUAGCAAAUUAUAUGACAAGAAAGCAAGGAGUGUAGGAAAAAGUAAACGGAUCUGCUCUGGGCUGAAAAUGGCUUUUGAGUUCUCACAGCCAAGAGAUUUAUAGGUUUCUGACUUAAAUGAUUUGUAUUUACUCAUUUCUACCUUUAUCCAUUCAUUUCAAUUGGCAUUUAGGGUUUUCCCUCAUUGUUAAUGGAAUGUUAUUACACAGCCUCCACGGCACCCACGAGGUGCUGAAGGACCAAUAACAAACUGGGGAUGAGGAUUGGAGGGGGGCGCUGGUUAUAUUGUUAUUUCACUUUCAGAGAAAACCGAAACUCUUAAAAGAACACAGUGUUGAAAUUUAAGUUAUGUAUAAGUUUAUUUUUACACUUCUGUCCUUUCUGUGAGCUAUAGUAUGGCCCUUUUCAAAAAAACACCUGAAUAUCCAUCAAGUGCCAGACACCUGGCAGUGUUAGUCCCUGCAUUAGGCUGCUCUAUGUCUCCUGGCAACUAAGAUUUCUUUCUUCCUUAAUGCCUGGAAGUUUUGAGCAAUUUAUCUUUAACAGUCUUCCUCCGGAGGUGUUGAUCAUCCUCAAGUAGUGCUUCUUGGCUCACAAUGACCUCAGUCUGUGCAUUCAGAUCUCCCUUUGUUGAUGGUUUGUGACUGGCCAGUAUUGGGGUAGAGUUGCUGGUGAGGUGAUGUGAAAUGGGAAGUUGGUCCUCUGAUUUCCUCUGUGCUCUGUGUGCAGGGUAAACAGUUACUUCUGGCCAUAGAUUGAGUGAAGGUGAAUCUCCGUGGUUCUUGGGCCUUUUUCUUAGGGGUGUAUGUGUGUAGUUGACUCAGCAGUGGCAAGUCUGGCUCCCUGGUUAUAGCUUUCCAUCUAAUUCAUUUUUGGUUAUAGUUGUGUUUCUCCUCUUUUCACAGCCACUCCAACACGGAAGCUCUAACAUGAGUUGUUGAUUAAAAAACGAAAUACAAAAAAACAAUGUGGCUGCAUGAUUUCUCCCUUAAUCUAGCUACCACUGCCAUGUUUCCCCAAGGAAUAGGCCUCCAGCAGGGUAUUUCCUGCAUCUCCCUUAACUGCCCCUGCCCCAGCCCUCAUCCCACCCGGCUGAGACUUCUAAGUAGCACCUUCAGAGAGGUCUCAUUUUGUACAUUCCCUGUACCCUACACCGUAAUAGAGAUUAGGUAAGCUGUGGGACAGAUGUCUGCCUGCUCCUACAGGUCAGUUUAAAUUGUAAUGUGCUCCGCUGACAGUCCUCAGCAUUUACAGUGUGAAAUCGAGGAGAUUCUCUAGUUUCUAGCCUUUGCCUGGAAAAGUUAGCACACAGUAUGUGAAAUCUUGCCUUGUUAAGACCUUAGGGGUUAAAGGGAACAGUGGUUGAGCCGACUUCAGACUGUUAGGUUAAUCUUUACCAGUCUAGCUCCUGGACUGGCUCCCAGGGAUAGGGGAGGGAUUAAAGAGACAUAAACGUUUGUUUCUAUAUCUGAUGCCACGUCCUGGAGGCCACGAAGCCCCACUUUUCCGUCAUAGUUGCACACGGUCCUGCUGUGGCCACAUCUGCAGCCAAACGCUGGGCAUCUGCAACGCUCUUUUCAUAGAGAUGCCGGACCACGCGGGCCUCGCGCGUGAGCACCCUGGACACGCACCACCGAGAGGGAAACCUCUGGGCUUCCCAGAGGGGCCGGCGGGCUCCGCCCUGCUUCCGGCUCGCCGCUGGUUGGCGGAACUCGCGCUCUGGCGGGAGAGAAGACCUGUGAGCCGGGGCCUGUCAGGCGAGGCGUCUCAGCUCUAACGUGGUCUGGGCUAGCUUGAGAGCCUUGACCUGGAAGAGUCUGGCCGAGGGGGCCCGUAACUUGGGCCCCCAUACCUGCCAGCAGUGGUGGGUUCAUCCAUCUUCCUCAGUUUUCUGCACCCCUUUCUGUGCCCACCCUCCUAGUGGGCAGAUGGAGAUGCUGGCAUCAACUGCUUACCGGUACUCCGAGCGGGCCUGCGCCUGGCGUCGCCCAGCGGGGCUCUUGAGCUUCGCUUUUACCGGCUUUGACUCAUGGCCGGGCCUCCACCUGCUUUUUGUACUGUGAGCCUUCUCGGGCCAGGCGCCCCCUCCCGGCUUUCUCUUCAGAGGAGCCCUCUCGGACGUCGCGUCAAAGUCGCACAGGUUGUAACCAAUACUGUUGCAAGGGGGAAAGUGUCCAGGGGGAACUGAGCUCAGCUUCGGCUUGUACAGAGGUGGCCCGGCCUUUGAAAGGGAGAAUGAGGGAGUAGGGAGGGGGCGAGUGGAGGCUCCGUAGAGCAGGUGAUCAAGUGAAACUCGCCUGGGUGUGCUAAAGGCGCUUUUGGGAGUUAGGCUCCCUCCCGCGGAGACUGGGAGACGGAGGGAGACCCUGUCUGCAGGAGAUGGCUGGAACACACAGUACACUGUUUUUUGUUUUUUGUUUUUGUUUUUGUUUUUUUUAAAUUUGGGUGGAGGAGGUAGUUAGGUUUAUUUAUUUAUUUAUUUUUACAGGAGGUACUGGGGAUUGAACCCAGAACCUCAUGCAUGCUAAGCAUACGCUCCACCACUUGAGCUAUACCCUCCCCCCAUAGUACACUCUUUUGACAGCCUUGAGUUUUCUCAGGCAGACAUUCUCAGAGGGGGUGGGGUUGUCCUAGGGAUGUGGCCUUGAACUGUUGGAGAUGAUGUUAAUGUUUUCUUCAAGUGUUUAUAAGCCAAGGUUAAGACCUAGCCGAGAAAGGGCUCAGAGGAGCCUGGUUAGAGUUUGGUCAAGUCACUGGACACAUUCGGUAAAAACUAUCUUAUGUUCCAACCCAAGCAGUCACUGAAGCCCGGAUUCUCCUCUAGCAGAGCCUCAGUUCUGGAUAAUGGGGUAUGGUGUCAUAUCUUAAGAAGCCUUGUGCCCUGCCAAUAGGUGAAAGGAGAAGUUAUAACUCUGUGGGUGAGGGGAGGGGCCAGGAUGCAGUGGAGUGGUAUGGCAAUCACUGUUCUAAGAGUUCCAGGAAUCCAGGGAUGGUGGUGAGAGAUGUGAAGGGGAGUAAUGCACCUAUCGGCUGCAAGAGGGGAGCAGUUUCACUUGGAGCUCUUUUCUCCUUACUUAGAUCUGAGACUUUUCUGAAAUCUGAGAGCUGUACAGGAAACCAGGGGACAUCAGUCAGGCUUCAGACAGCGUGGUCCCAGGUGAGCAGGCUUCCUGACAGCUUUUCUUAGAUCAGCUCUCAGAGAAGUCAGUGUAGGACUCAGGCCUGACUUAGCUUCCCCUUUGCCAAGCAGUUGUGGCAGGUGUGUAUGUGUGUUUUAUGCACAUGAGAAUGUGUUUGGGGAAAAGUGGUUUGAACUAAGACGAGAUUAUCCAGACCCGGAGAUACCUUUGGUUAGAGAGAGGACAUGAUUUUCAGAAGAUCUAUUUAGUUGCCUGAGAGGGAAGCACCUACCAGUACAAUUUUCUAGAAGCUAGAACUACACAUAAUUUUGUACAGACACAGACUACCAACAGGCAGGCCUCCUGUGUCAGUAGUUCACACCUGUCUUUGGAGGCCUUGGGACUUAGAAGAAUUUGGAAGACACCUUGGGGAUACUAGGUUAGUAGAGCAUGAAUCUAGGAGGGACAAGAGGAAGACUGCAAAACCGAUGACAUCAGGCAGUUCAGACAAUUGUUAGGGAAACAGAGAAGGACUAAGUAAUACAGCAGAGGCUGUGGGGUGUGGAGCUGUGGAAUUCUUUGUAAUAUUUGCAGGGUGUUUAAAAUGCUUUCCAGCUCCCAGAAGAAACUAUGGGUAUUGGUUGGGCUUUUCUAGCUGUGUGGCCUCGGAUACCUUCUGAACGUCUGGCUUCAGUUUCCUUACCUGUAAAGUGAGGAUGGUAACAGGACCGACCUCAGAAGUGAAGAUGGAAAGAGAUGAUGCUUAUAAAAGCCUUCAACACAGUUUCUCGCAAUAUGAAGCUCCCAUAAACCUUAGCUAUUACAUAAAGACUAUUUAAGUGACUAGUGCAAAGAAACUAAAUGACUAUAAAUGGAGAGCAACAAAGUAGUGCACUUUAAAACAUACUAGCUUUUACUUUGAGAUUGUUAUUGCUAUCUAGAUUUCUCUGUUUAGUUUCAAUAUCUAUUGAUAAGUGUAGUUACAAAAGGGAGCUGGGCUGGAGCAAUGUGCAGCAGAUGCCUAAAUACAGCAGACUUCGAUUACACAGUGUGUGAAAAGGCCCCAUCUCUGGGCAUUUGACACAGGAGGGGAAAAGUCUCUGGAUACUGUAGCAUCUGCAGCCAUGGAGGAAAAGCCAUUCCUGGUUCAGUUACUAUCCAGGCCCUCUGUCAUGUAGUUGCACUAAAUGAAGAUUCCUUUGUAAUUAAAACCUUUCUGGGUAGCACUAAAUUUCCCACAAAUAUGUUAAAAGUAGUUCUACACCAAUCAAUUUUCUAAUAGUACUGAAAAUGACAAGCCUGCUACUCUCUAAUUUUUCAUAACUGUCACUAACAGACAUAUUUUGCCUCCUCUUUAAUAUUUAUAGGCCCUAUUCCUACUUGGAGUAUGUUCUGUUAAUCACUAUUUCAGGACUGUGUAACAAGAAAGAUGUGUAUAUUCUUAUUCUAAGAGAAGAGACUAUAAAAUGACAUAUACAUUCAAUUCCUUAAAGUUAUGUGUGCUUGUGGAGGAGUCUUGGAACAGAAUAAGCAAAAUUAAAAUGCUUAAUGUUUAGAUUGUGGGAUUCAGGGGGCUUUUCCUUCUAUUCUUUUAUAACUGGUUAUGCAAUAGGUAGGACUUAGGAAAAAAAUCAAAAUUCAAACUUAGUGCAUUCAGAUGCAGUUUGAGCAUCCGGGUCAGAGUCUACAAAGGGCAUUUAUCCCAGAAUCACUGUCAGAUCAUCUCUAAGAAAAACAGUUAAAUUAUAGGAAAAAAAGACAAUCAUUUUGAUUUCUGGAAAUUAUAUUUAUUGACUGUGUUUUCCAAUAGUGAUUAAGAAGAAAGCUUUUGGGUGAUAAGUAGGGUCCAGGCAAGUUGUACACACACCAGCUUUUUUCACAGCUAGCCUAUAGGUGACAGGAACCUCUUAAGAACCAUUUUACAGUAGCAGUUUAGAGCAGGAGAGGAGACCUUGGGAUCUCUGUGGUCCUGUUUGAUGGACAGGACAGGAAUUUGUCCAGCUCAUGACCCAUCAAAUAGGGGCAAGAACAUUGGGAAGGCUGAGUUAGUUUAUGCCUUGAAUUAUUUGUACUUGUCCUUGGUAGGUAGAGAGUUUAUUUAGAAAGACUUUGAUAGUGGUAGAUUUCAGAGACCCACUCCUGAUGGCUUUUUUAUUUUUUAUUUUUUGGGGUGGGGAGGUAAUUAGGUUUAUUUUAUUUACUUAUUUAAUUUUAAUGGAGGCACUUGGGAUUGAACCUAGGACCUCGUGCAUGCUAAGCAUGCACUCUGCCACUGAGCUAUACCCUCCCCCACCAGUUGGUGGCUUUUUAACAAUGACAAAAGAGAAUAAGUGCCCAUCUAAAACAAUGCCUUACAUGCAAUACAGGAAAUAUAACAUCUUUGACUGAGUGAGAGAAAACUCUUACAAACUAUACUGCCAAGAAAGAAAAUGUAAAAGACUGCUUCUUCAACACUUAACAGGAAUAAGGUUUUCCCAGACGUUCGAGGACUAAAGGAAUUAGUAUUAAAAAUAGGUUUUAGGCUUAUAGUCAGAACAGGAACAUUGGGUAAAUGGUGGCAAGAUGAAAGAAUACAGGCUAAUUGAGCAGGAGGAAGAGGAAUUUCCUUAGAAGAAAGCCCGAGUCCAUAAAAGCCAGGCCGGGAAGAUAUAAUAGGGAGUAGGAUAUUCCUAGAUAUAAUUGGCCCUGAAGAUAUGACUAAACGUCAUUAUUUGAAGGUGUGCCCCAGCAGAAGAAGGGAGAAUAAGGAAGACAUUGGGUCCAGAAAAGCAGGGUCCACUGUGGGGAAACAAUAAAGACUUAGAAUGAUGGCUGUGCAGUGGGGCUGGAAUCUUCUGUCCUCAUACCAGGGAAGGUUUGUGAAAGGUUUAGGAUCUCAUAAAGUCAAGUAGUGGCAAACAAAGACAGCUAGGAAUUUUUCAGAAAGCUGUAUGAUAAAGGAAAUACAAUCUUAGUAUACCAUUUGGCUCUGCAGUGAGCAGUGUUUUCACGGUGUAGGGAAAAGGUCUUUCCGGGUUGUUGGAAACACCAGAGGUAGAGAUGUUGUGGAGAGACAUCUAGGUGCUGACUCUCCUUCCCCUGGCACCCACCACCAUGAUCACUAUUGCCACCUAACUGAUUCUGGGUUUAUUUCAGCAACCAAAAGGACCCAGAAUUUAUCAACAUUCCUUUACAGAGAAGUGCAUACGUAUGUUUUUGUGUAGAUGCUUUUGGUUAGCUUACCUCGAGUAUAAAUGGCUCACAAAAGAUGAGCUUCUCCAAUAGUGAAGGACCCACUUCAGUAUUUUACCUGAGCAACAGCUGUCAGGGGUGCACAGGGACCAUGUAAAUCUCUGCAGAGAUAUGCAGCAUCUGCUUCUGCUUUCUGUGGUUACCUCAUUUCCAGUAAGAUUUUAUAAAACUUCGCUAAUUAAAUCUCACCUAGCUGUAUGUAAAUGUUGCAUUAAGUUUUCUCAGGGUUAUUUGUCAGUUUAUAGUAGUGAUAAUUUUGCAUGUUUGCAUUAGUUUCACGUUUCUUUUGUCUUUACUCUUUUUGUAUAAAUGUUCAGAUAAAAGGGCAUUAUACGUAUACAUGGUAGGAUUUUAAGUAUAUUGUUUAUAACAUUUUAAAGAAACUGAAUGAAGAUGGUUACAUAGCUAUGUGGUAAUUAAUGUAAGAAGUAAUCUUUUUGUGUUGUAAUUAGUCAAAUGUUGAAAACAAUUGUGUAUUUUCUUAAUGAAAUUUGUGUUCUAGCAUACUUUGUAAUUUCAGAGCUUGGAUAUGCAUAAAAUCUUUCCCAUGGAAAUUAAUGCUAUAAUAGUUUAAUUGACUCAUAAUAAAUUUGCCUUAAGUUUUUUUGUUUUUAAACACAUUGCCCUAAUACGGGGAAGAUGCUGUUGUUUAAAAGUCCUUGCAGAGUAGCCCGAUCCUCAAACCCUUUUCCUGAUUCCAUGUAGCCAAGAGACUGCCCCUCCCCAACCCAGGCAGAAGUCUGGAACUAACUGCAGUUUUUUUAACUGGUGAACCAUAGAUGUUCUUUUCUCAGGGACACAAUGCAAAG